AUGACAUGCAUGCUUUGGUUGGUGCUGGAGGGUUGCGUCCUUUUUGCCAAGACAUUAGGUGUCCUGGGCCCUGCUCCGGCGCCUGGUGAAAGUUCUGAGAGGGAAGCCAUUGUUGCACUGAAACUUCCUGGGCCUGAAAGGCUUCCUGAAGACCCGGUUGACCUUUUGAGCGUGACUUGUGGGUUGGGCAGCGGAGGCCCUCGCAAAUGCCGAGAAUUCGAAUUUGAAGCUGAGUUUGGAGCGGAUGAUGCAGAGCUUGGAGCGCCACUCGCACCGAUACCACCACUACCGCCGCUGCCAUUGCCUCCCGUACCCAGACUGCUCCAAUCAUUGGAGCCGUUUCCACCACUACCAGAAUGCUGUCGAGAGGAUCGUGUGGGUGUCGUGAAACUGUUAUUAGGGGAUGUGUUGGUGCUCCUGGCUCCUGAUCCAUUUGAGCCUGCAUUAGCAGCUGAAGCGGUAGCGGAUCGCGUUGCAGAGCGAAGACGUGUGCUGGGGGUAUUCUGGAUAUUGUUGCUCACCGGCGUUUGGUGUGUGGUCUGUCCCUGUCCCUGCGUGCGUCCGUUUCCUCCUGGUGUGCUUGGGGCCCCUUGGCUGCUUGGCUGGCGACCCCGUCUACCCGGUGUACUGGGCAUUCUUAAACUUCUAAUCAGCGCGACAGGCUGCGUUGUUCCUGAAUGA